GCAUACGCCUUCAACUUGCGCCUCUCCGCAUAAUGUGCCGGUCUAGGUUGAUAUCAUUGUUGGAGGCAAUCGCAAGUAGAGUGGGGUCGGUGUGCAUGCAGGCUUUGGCCGACAUCGAAAACGGGCAGGAACGCUUCGGACCAAUACUUUCCACCUCAACGCUUGACUACGGCCGAAUAUUGACCCAUGAGCGAUCAAUGAAUGUGUAUUCACUCAACGUAGUACGCGCGGGCGGCGACUUAGUCCUGUACCUCUGCCCUACUUUCUCGUGGUCCGAAGCGACGACAAACACGACUGUAGUGAACAGCAUCUGCAGAUCGAUGUAAUAGGGUAUCAAUUAGAUCCUUAGAGUUCGAACUGGACGAGGCUUCGCUCUGCUCACCAUGGACGAUAAGGUCGAUCUGGUAACCAAGGCAGAAAUCAAAACGCAGGAGGCCCUGACCGUCCUCUGGAACGACCUGCCAAUCUGGCUACAAGACAACCAUUAUAUACAUUCGGGCUAUAGGCCACAAUCUAAUUCAUACAUGAAGUCGGCCGCGAGCCUAGGGUAUUUGCACAACGAAAGCGUCAACGUUUGGACCCAUUUGCUGGGAGCAAUCAUUGCCGCGAUCGCUGGUACGGUCCUUUGGACGGCUAUCAAGCCUCGCUUCAAUAUGGCAACGAAUGACGAUGUCAAGGUCUUCGGCUGCUACUUCCUUGGAGCGGUACUAUGCUUGGGCAUGAGUGCGACCUAUCAUACCAUCUGUAAUCACAGCCCGGCCGUUGCAAAGUUUGGCAAUCGCUUGGACUACAUUGGCAUCAUCCUGCUCAUCUGGGGGAGCUUUAUCCCAUCAAUCUAUUACGGGUUUGGUAGCGAACCAGGGCUUGUCAGGCUCUACUGGGCUAUGAUCACUUCAAUCGGCGUAGGUACUCUCGCUGUCGUCACUUUGCCUAGAUUCAGAUCACCGGAAUUGCGGCCCGUUCGAGCUGCAAUGUUCGUGGCAAUGGGCUUGAGCGCAGUGUUCCCCGUAAUACAUGGCGCCUGGAGAUAUGGUGCAGCGCAAAUGGAGAGACAAAUGGGUCUCUCGUGGGUCAUAAGCCAGGGUGUGCUGUACAUAGCUGGUGCAGUCAUAUAUGCCGCACGGAUACCAGAGCGCUUCAAGCCAGGUGCCUUCGACCUUUUCGGCCACUCGCACCAGAUCUUCCAUGUGCUCGUCCUACUGGCGGCGGCAACUCAUCUGGUAGGUUUACUGAAGGCCUUCGACUAUGAGCACAGUCACCGCAGCGGACUCUUUGACGCAUACAGCAGCGUGCGGGAUGUUGGUAGAAAAUAGAGAAAGCUGUGCCCUUGCUAGCAGCGCGUGCUUCAUCUGGCGACAGCGCUGGUUGAGAACCUGUGCAUACCGCUGCAACGCCGUCAAGGGCAACCCCACGGUGCCCACUUAAUGCAACUCUCAAAAGUACGUCAAGCUUGCCAAGCUAAUGCGGCCUAUUACAGCUCCUAAAGCCAUAUUGGGAUGCACACGGUGGCGAAGAGCUGAGAUGGCAUAUGAGUCCACGACGCAAUCGCCCCCGAAGCGAACUGUAUAUGCACGUUAGAGCUGCCGCC